AUGUAUGUAUGUAAAAGAACACCAACGACUCACACACCAAGAAAGGAGACCAACGACUCACACACCAAGAAAGGAGACCAACGACGCACAAACCAGGAAAGAAGACCAACGACGCACACACCAAAAAAGAACACCAACGACUCACCCACCAAGAAAGGAGACCAACGACUCACACACCAAGAAAGGAGACCAACGACGCACAAACCAGGAAAGAAGACCAACGACGAACACACCAAGAAAGAAGACCAACGACGAACACACCAAGAAAGGAGACCAACGACGCACACACCAGGAAAGGAGACCAACGAUGCACACACCAGGAAAGGAGACCAACGACGCACACACCAAGAAAGGAGACCAACGACGCACACACGAGGGAAGGAGACCAACGACGUACACACGAGGGAAGGAGACCAACGACGUACACACGAGGAAGGAGACCAACGACGCACACACGAGGGAAGGAGACCAAUGAGGCACACACCAGGAAAGGAGACCAACGACGCACACACCAAGAAAGAACACCAACGACGCACACACCAAAAGAAGACCAACGACGCACACACCAAGAAAGGAGAACAACGACUCACACACCAAGAAAGGAGACCAACGACUCACACACCAAGAAAGGAGACCAACGACGCACACACCAGGAAUGAAGACCAACGACGCACACACCAAGAAAGAGACCAACGACUCAACACACACCACAGAAAGGAGACCAACGACGACACACACCAGGAAGAAGACCAACGACGCACACACCAAGAAAGGAGACCAACGACUCACACACCAGGAAAGGAGACCAACGACGCACACACCAAGAAAGGAGACCAACGACGCACACACCAGGAAAGGAGACCAACGACGCACACACCAGGAAUGAAGACCAACGACGCACACACCAAGAAAGGAGACCAACGACUCACACACCAGGAAAGGAGACCAACGACGCACACACCAGGAAAGGAGACGACCAACGACGCACCACACCAGGAAAGGAGACCAACGACUCACACACCAGGAAAGGAGACCAACGACGCACACACCAAGAAAGGAGACCAACGACGCACACACCGUGAAAGGAGACCAAUGAUGCAUACAUCAGGAAGGAAGACCAACGAUUCAGUAUGGUGUAACUUCUGUUUCAUGUCGUUAUACACUCGGUAA